UCUGUUUGUUAACAUGUGUUGGGUCUCCUAUCUCUCAAGUAUGAUUUCAAAAUCUCUUUUUUCUUUUUAUCUUCUCUCGUUUCUCUCCUUAUCUCCUUUCCAAGCUCAUAAAUAUUUGGUUUUUGCCAUUUCAAGCUUUUUCUUCGGUUGAUUUUUCCUCCUCUUUUUGUUCUUUUCCUUCAAACCGAUCAUCCCAGGAAUCCGACCUGCCAAACUGAAGAAUCGAGACAAACGGUUUCAUCUGACCAUUCGGUCAACAACGGGUGAGAAAUCUGUUCACCCGACCUAAGUGGGUCAAGUGACGGUUUGACCCCAAACCCGAUCCGCCCGACCCGUGGACGGAACAGCAAUCAACACAGACUGUCAGUUCACAAUUCCCUUAGCGGAGAGAGAGAGAGGCAUGGAUGCACUCAAUUCUACUAAACCCGACAACCACCAGGAAUUAUCAUUAGCAAAACUAUGUGAUGAUGCUGAAAAUCGUCAGUAAAUCACACAGUUUUCACGUGCUCAAGACAACACCUGCACAACACAGAACAAGAAGACCUUAGAAGAGUACCGGUGUGGUACCGGCCAAAGACCCUCCGAAGGUUAAGUUAGAGAGCUUUUCAUAACUCUAAAGUGCUAGAGCUGGGGUAAAUUAUGCAUAUCGUAGUUUGUGGGGACUUUGGAGUUUUCAUAGUAGUGCAGAACCGACAUUCAUUUCUUGCAUAGGAAGACGUUUUCCUUAUGAGGACGAUCCUCAUAAACAUGCAUAUAUUGCAUGAUUCUUUCUAUGUUGGGAUCCCCUCAACUAGGGUUAAUCGUGGGGCGUAAGAUAUUUCUAUGUGGGGUUUACCCAAGUCAUGUGAGUGCCACAUGACCUUGUUAUUCGUCGGUCUUGGGCCCCAAAACCCAGAAUCCGUCCAUAUAGAGGGACUAUUUGUCUAUUAUGGGGAGGGGUCCAUCCGUCAUGUGGUCUAUCCAUCCGUCACUCCAUUUGCUGCCUUAUUCCUAACGGUUCACUAAUUCAGUACCGUCAGGUUUAUUUAAUCGGAUUUGUCAUCCUUGAUUUUCUUCCGCUUCACCAUGCAAAUAAGUUACCAAAAAUAAGCAAUUCCAAAAAAGACAUGCUAUUUGGAUGCUUGAAUAAAUUACUUUUAAAUUUGCAAUAAUGGCAAGAAUUAUCAUUUGCAGAAGAACUAAGAAGAUUGUGUCCAAUUCAUGCCAUAGAGACAUCGUAAAGUGCAUUGUGUUUGGUCGUUUUCAGUUACUUAUAUAUAUUCCUUUCUUGUUUGACAGAUUUUGGUUGAAGAGAAGUUGCCUGCAAGAAUAUUGACAUUGAAUAGGCCUAAGCAACUGAAUGCCCUUUUAUUUCAAAUGAUUUCUCGGUUAUUGGAGCUUUUCAUUGCAUAUGAGGAGGAUUCUAAUGUGAAGUUGGUAAUUGUCAAGGGAAAGGGAAGAGCAUUUUGUGCUGGAGGUGAUGUUGCAGCAGUGAUUCGGGAUAUUAAUGAAGGUACCUGGAGGAGGUUAGGUGCAAAAUUUUUUUGGAUGCAGUACACCUUAAAUUACAUUUUGGCAACAAAUCGUAAACCCCAGGUUUCUAUCCUUAAUGGAAUUGUCAUGGGAGGUGGGGCAGGGGCUUCAAUACAUGGUAGAUUCCGGGUUGCGACAGAAAAUUCGGUCUUUGCAACGCCAGAAACAGCUUUGGGAUUCUUCCCAGAUGUGGGCGCCUCCUAUUUCUUGUCAAGACUCCUUGGAUUCUUUGGAGAAUAUCUUGGUCUUACAGGCACUAGGUUGGAUGGUGCUGAAAUGCUUGUAUGUGGGCUUGCAACUCACUUUGUCCCCUCAGAGAGAUUGUCUUUGUUGGAAGAAGCACUGUGCAAGGUAGAUUCAAGUGAUCCAGCCAUAAUCUCCGCAGUUAUUAAUGAGUACUCAAAGCAACCUUAUAUGAAAGAGAAAAGUGCAUAUCACAGAUUGAAGGUCAUUGAUAGGUGCUUUUCUCGAAGAACAGUGGAAGAAAUUAUAUCUGCCCUUGAGAGAGAGGCCUUGAAUAAGAAGGAUAAUUGGAUCUCUGAAACAAUCAGGUCACUGAAGAGAGCAUCACCAACAAGCCUUAAAAUUUCUCUGAGAUCGAUUAGACAAGGACGGCUCCAAGGUGUUGGUCAAUGUCUUGUUCGUGAGUAUAGAAUUGCUUGUCAUCUCAUGCAAGGAAAACUCAGCAAGGAUCACUUUGAGGGCUCUAGAGCUAUACUAUUAGAUAAGGAUAAGAACCCAAAGUGGGAGCCCUCUAAAUUGGAGCUUGUUAGUGACGAUAUGGUUGACUCAUACUUCGCUAUGAUGGAUGAUGAAGGCUGGGAAGAUCUAAAGCUCCCUGCGAGAUCUAAUUUGCCUGCAUAUGCCAUUGCAAAGCUUUAAUGCGUGAAGGUGAAAAAUGUAUAAAUUAUUUAGAAUGACAGUCCGAGCAGACCCUGAGGUUAUUUAGAAUAAGAUUCUUGGCCCCUGGUUGUGAUUUCAACAAACCAUAAGAAAUUUCCAGUCUUUCACUUCUUUAUGUUUGUCAACACUUCUGAAGUUUCUGCAACAUUGCUAAUCAGUUCAACUUUUGAGUCAUUUGAUUUAGCAUCAAGUAAAUUUAUGUAGUUUCUGGAUGAGAAUGAUGUUCGACCAGGAAUAAAUGAGAAACUCCAUUUAUGACAAUUGAGUUGCAA